GGGGCGGGGCCGAGGCCGAGGCAGGCGGUCGGCUGCGCCGGAGGUUCAGGUGUUGCGGCUGCUCCACGUAGCCUGGCGGCCCGCAGGCUGGAGCGAGCGAAGCUUGCCCCGCGGCUUGCGUGAGCUCAGACCGGUCCCAGCGUCCAGAGCGCCUGUCCUUCGGCUCCCUCUAGGCCAUGGCGGGGCCGGGCCCGGGCCCCGGAGACCCAGACGAGCAGUACGAUUUCCUGUUCAAGCUGGUGCUGGUGGGCGACGCGAGCGUGGGGAAGACGUGCGUGGUGCAGCGCUUCAAGACCGGCGCCUUCUCGGAGCGCCAGGGAAGCACCAUCGGCGUCGACUUCACGAUGAAGACGCUGGAGAUCCAGGGCAAGCGGGUCAAGAUUUGGGACACAGCCGGCCAGGAGCGGUUCCGCACCAUCACCCAGAGCUACUACCGCAGUGCCAACGGGGCCAUCCUCGCCUAUGACAUCACCAAGAGGAGCUCCUUCCUGUCAGUGCCUCACUGGAUCGGGGAUGUGAGGAAGUAUGCAGGCUCCAAUAUUGUGCAGCUGCUGAUCGGGAAUAAGUCAGACCUCAGCGAGCUUCGGGAGGUCCCCCACGCUGAGGCACAGAGACUGGCCGAGCAUUAUGACAUUCUGUGUGCCAUUGAGACGUCUGCCAAGGACUCAAGCAACGUGGAGGAGGCCUUCCUGAGGGUGGCCACGGAACUCAUCAUGCGGCACGGAGGCCCUCUGUUCAGCGAGAAGAGCCCCGACCACAUCCAGCUGAACAGCAAGGACAUCGGAGAAGGCUGGGGCUGCGGGUGCUGACCGGUGGCUGGGCCGGCAGGCUGGGAGCUCCCCACCUCCUUGCUCUCCCUGGCCUGCCAAGCCCAGCCCUCCAGAGCCAGCCCUCCCAGGCACCGGUGACUAGAGCAGCUGGGUGAAACCCUGGAGCUCUGCAUCCUAUGGUCUGGCUGUGGGAUGGAGGCUCUCCUUGAGGAAGGGGAAGCAGGGUACCCUCGAGGGCCACCCUGCCAUCCAGCAGCUGGCCCUCCGCGAUCUUUACAUUCCAGGCCUGGCCUGAGCCCACCGGUGUGUGCCACAGUAGGAGGGGCCAGUGGUCCUCCCUGUCCCACGCCUGCUGGCUCUGUUUCCUCUCUUGGGUUUGCUUAACCUAUGGCAACAGGUUGUUGCUUUCCAGGGAUGUGGCUGGUGCCCUGGGUUCUUCCAGGCCAUCCUGGGGCUCCACAUGUAGCAGCAGUGUAAGAAUCAUGAGACCCACAGACUUGGUGUCUGAGUGCAGCUCCAGGGAAGCCCUAGCCCCUUCCAGGCAGGGAACCUGCUUCUUGCCUUCACUGCCUGUGCAGCGCUCACAGACACCUCCCUGGGGCCUGGCUGGCUGCCUUAUCAGGACCUCUGAGUUUUCUG